AUGUACAGUCGCCUAGCGACCGAAUCGUCUUCAGGACGGGUCAAGUGGCCGAGUCUGGCCGUGCCGACGCGACUGCCCUUUGAGCCUGGACCCAGCAACGAGGCCUGGAGUCGAGCCACUCUCGCCCGGUCGGGAAGCGGAAGCAAGUCAGAAACGCCUCUCCGGGGGUACCUCGGAUGGCGACACCUCGAGCAGAGUCAAACGAAUCGGCAGAUGCGACUCCGUCUAUCACGGCCAUUGUGA